AUGGCCAGUUUGAAAGAAUCAGCAUCGGGCUCCGAUGUGCUAUACGGCUUAGAGUCAAGGAGGACAGUUGCAUUGGAUCUCUCAGGAUCGGAUCUUCCGUGUCGCUUCGAAGGAGAAGUCGGAGACAUGAUCGUCCGAGGCGAAAUUCCCAAAGAGAUCGAUGGUACUUUUUAUCGUGUGAUGGUGGAUCCAUUUGUAUCACCAAAUCCAAGAAUCAUUCCUCUCGAUGGCGACGGCAGCAUCUCCGCGUUUCGCUUCCAUCUUGGACGAGUCGACAUGAAAAUGCGGUAUAUCGAGACCGAGCGCUACAGGCUGGAACGAAAGGCUAGAAAGGCGCUGUUUGGUCUCUACUGGAACCCCUUUACCUAUCACCCCUGUGUUCGCGGAGCGGUCGACUCCGCAGCCAAUACCAACCUGGUAUACUGGGCGGGUCACUUGCUCGCACUAAAGGAGAUAGCCCUACCCUACGCGGCCAAUCCAGACACUCUUGCCACGCUCAAGUACGAUCCCUUUGGGUCCCAGGUCCGCUCCAGAACCUUCACUGCUCAUCCCAAAAUCGACCCCUUCACCAAUGAGCUUGUUGUGUUUGGCUAUGAAGCAACAGGCCUUGCUAGCCUGGAUGUGGUCACCUACACGCUUGAUUCCAAUGGGACCAAAGUCGAGGAAGAGUGGCUCAAGGCGCCUUGGAGUGCAUUCAUCCACGAUUGUCCUCUCACUGUAAACUGGUUGGUUUUAGUUAUGGGGCCAUUUGAAGCCAGCCUUGCUCGCAUGCAGGCCGGUGGGCACCACUGGGCGUGGAACUACAGCCGGCCCGCAGCCUUCAUCGUUGUGCCUCGGCGGAAGAGCACGAAGCGCCCUUCUAGUUGGGCCGCGGAUGAAAAAUGUCGGGUUUAUCAAUGGCAAAACUGCAUGCCUCUUCACACAGCCGGAGCCUGGGAAGCGGAUGAGGAGGACGGUGGCGUUAAAAUUUGGGUUGAAAGUUCCCGCGUCAUUGAGAAUGCUUUUCCAUUCUUCCCAUCCGACGAUGGCCGCAGACCAGAUACGGACGCGAAGAGAGAUUUUGUUCGCUGGGAACUGGAUCUCACUGCCCCUUCCGGCUCCUCCAUACCAGAUCCGCGGGUAAUCCUCGAUCUCCCAUGCGAGUUCCCCCGCAUCGAUGAGCGUUUCUUGACCAAACAAUACAAUAUUGUGUUCCUCGAUGUGACCAUCCCGGAAACUACCUUGGGAGGGCAGACAGUAUUCCAGAAUCUGAACGGGUUGGCAAUGCAUGAUCACAGGGGUGGGGGAAACCAGAUUUUUCUGUCCUGGAGAUAG